AUGACAGAGAAUCAUCCCCUUCCAGCUUAUUUCAUACUCACCUUUUUCCUAAGCUGUUUGAAAUCCGGAAUAAACAAAUCCAAGCCAUGGACAGGAUUACACCAGCAACCAAACAAGCUCCGUCACGAUCCCGAAGCUUUGAACUUGGCAGCAUCGGAUUACGGGAAUAUGGUUAAGGAAGCCCCCGCCGCAGUUCUUCAACCCUCCUCGAUAAACGACGUCGUUCACUUAAUAUCCUACGCCUACAACAAUCCCAUCCCUUUUCCAAUAGCCGCUAGAGGACAAGGCCACUCCGUACGAGGCCAAGCAAUGGCCAAAAACGGCGUCGUUAUCGACAUGUCGGCACUGCGGCGGAAUCGGAAAACCGCUGGGAUUGCCGUCUUCGCCCGCCGCUGGACUGGCGAAUUAUACGCCGAUGUCGGUGGGGAGCAGCUGUGGAUCGACGUGCUGAAUGCCACGCUGGCGUAUGGGGUGACGCCAGUUUCGUGGACGGAUUAUUUGUACAUCACAGUCGGGGGAACGUUAUCAAACGGCGGGAUCAGCGGGCAGAGUUUCCGGUACGGUCCGCAGGUCAGCAAUGUGGUGGAGAUGGAUGUCGUUACUGGGAAAGGGAAUAUGGUGACUUGCUCUGCCAAAAAGAAUUCUGAGCUUUUUCAUGCCGUUCUCGGUGGUUUAGGUCAAUUUGGAAUUAUUGCUCGGGCGAGAAUCGCUUUGGAACCAGCUCCAAAUAGGGUUAAAUGGGUAAGAAUGUUGUACAGUAACUUUUCCGCAUUUACCAAAGACCAAGAACGUUUGAUCUCAUUAAAUGGAAGGAAACAAGCGAGCGCACUCGAUUACUUGGAGGGUUUGGUUCUGCUGCAUCAUGGCUCACCGGAUAGUUGGCGCUCUUCCUUCUUUCCACCGUCUGAUCAUCCCAGAAUUAUCUCCUUCGUUAAUCAAUACUCUGUGGUCUAUUGCCUUGAAGUUGCUAAAUAUUAUGAUCAUCAUACUCUGUCUACCGUAGAUAAGGAGCUUGAAGUAUUACUAGCAGGGUUAGAUUAUGAGAGCGGGUUCAAGUUCGAGAAAGAUGUAACGUAUGUUGAGUUUCUAAAUAGGGUUAGAACUGGAGAAUUGAAGCUUCAAUCUAAGGGAUUGUGGGACGUUUCUCAUCCAUGGCUAAAUUUGUUUGUACCAAAAUCCCGUAUCUUGGAUUUCGACUCAGGUGUCUUCAAAGACAUAGUAUUAAAACGAAACAUAACCAAAGGACCAGUGCUGAUAUAUCCAAUGAACCGAUCAAAAUGGGAUGAUAGAAACUCGACAGUGAUUCCAGAAGAAGAAGUGUUCUACACGAUAGGGUUUUUGCAUUCAAGUGGGUUUGAUGAACGGAAGUUGUUUGACGAACAAAACGAAGAGAUAAUAGAAUUUUGCACGAAAUCAGACAUUCAAAUCAAACAAUAUCUUCCUCAUUACAACACACAAACACAAUGGAUCCACCAUUUUGGUUCCAAAUGGCCAACUUUCCGACAAAGAAAGAUCAAGUUUGACCCUAAACUUAUUCUUUCUCCCGGACACAAAAUUUUCAAUCCCUCACCCGUGUAA